UUUUUUUUUCCUGCUCGAGAAGCAUCAUAAACAUACCAUCAUGAGUUCGAACAGUGGGUUCAACUUACCCUAUUCAACUGAUAAUCUGGAUGAUUUAGAGAAAACACAUGCUGGCUCAAGCAAUGACGGCUAUUCCAAGACAUUCAAACCAAACAAACACCAACCAAUACUCACCAGAAUCAAUAAUAGUAUAAACGCUGUUUUUGGAUCUAUUCAAUCAUUUUCAUUGAAAUAUAAAAAAAUACUGAUUUUCUUAGUAACUUUUAUAUGCUUGUCACUCUUCACAUCGGUACCUUUUGUUCCACAUUUCAGGACUGGUAGUCCCAAAGUUGUUAUUAUACUAGCUGCAAAUGAAGGCGGUGGUGUUCUUAAAUGGAAAGGACCUCAAGAGUGGUCAGUGGAAAGAUCUUCAAUCGCUAAUAAGAAACAAUAUGCCAAAAGUCACGGAUACGGUUUAACCAUCAAAGAUAUGACUAUAAAGAAGAGAUACUCACAUGAAUGGAGAGAAUCUUGGGAAAAAGUAGAUAUUAUGAAACAAACAAUGAGACAAUUUCCAAAUACCGAAUGGUUUUGGUGGUUGGAUUUACAUACUUAUAUCAUGGAACCCCAAAUAUCAUUAGAAAAACAUUUCUUGAACAAUUUAGAAAAUGCUACUUAUAGAUCCCCUGAAACAUUUAAUCCGCUUGGUCUUCCUGUUGACAUUCCUUACCUCAAUUAUGACAGCCCAAUUGAUAUGGUCAUUACUCAAGACUGUGGGGGGUUCAACUUGGGCUCGUUCUUAAUGAGAAGAUCUUCUUGGUCUGAUAUGCUCCUUGAUAUUUGGUGGGAUCCUGCCAUGUACGAACAAAUGCAUAUGCAAUGGGAACAUAAAGAACAAGAUGCUUUGGAAACUUUAUACUCCUCCCAACCAUGGAUCCGAGAAAGGAUCGGGUUCUUACCUUUAAGAACCAUCAAUUCAUUCCCUCCCGGUGCCUGUUCCGAUAAAGCUGAUGAUCCCCAAUAUUUCUUCCAAAGUAAUGACUUUGUGGUCAAUAUGGCAGGGUGUGAAUGGGGCAGAGACUGCUGGGGCGAGAUGGAGCACUACAAAGCUCUUUCAAAGAAACUUCAUAAAAGAUGGUGGCAUUUAUGGUAAUCAUUAAUGCUUAUUGUAAUUUAUUUUUCACAUACCAUUCUACCCUUCUUUUCUUGUUUUUCUUUUCGUUUCGCCUUUCAUCCAAAACUCUCUAGUUCUACUCAUUUUCUCUUGUUAUUAAUACGUGUAUAGAGCCUUUUUCAAGCAUCAACCGAACG